UUUCGGGGAAUCAAUUGGUCAAUGAACAGGAUCUCUUGGAAUACAAAACGAAAAGACGUCAAAGUCGACGUUUGAUCUAGUGAGUCUGGAUUCUUGAUGCUUCCUGGAACACGUUUCCGAUGACCUAGUUUGCGAAAAAGUACAGCCAUCGCCCCUUAUCAAGUUCCUUCAAAAAAGCAGCCCUUAAAACCUCCCGUCCGACUUAAAAGCAUUUCCUUUCGUUCGAACGGUGGCUUUAAAAUGUGUGCCAAGUAUCUUUUCUGCGUCACUGUGGUCUUUAUCCCUCUGGUCUCAUCUUGGGAAACUCGAUUUGACCUGAAAGAUGUCUUAAACAAAUACACCGCGCUAACCAAAGAGGACAUGGAUCUUCGAUAUCGCGAGGAUGCCAAGAAGAUCCAUCUAGCUUUGCAACACGUUGCACCAGGCCUGAUUAUCGACUUAGCGGAGGAUCAAAGUUUCUUCGACAUUGACCCUAAAGGCCAAAUCUUCAUGUGCAAUGGAACAGCCGUGAACUUGAGGUCCGGGGAUAAAGGUAUUGCUUAUGGGUCAUUUAACGUCCAGAAAAGGUUGUUCUCUGGCGAAAUUGUGUUUGCUCAGAGCACGUUUUAUCUCGAGGAUGCGGACAAGUACUUGAAACAUUCUGGGAAUGUCUUGUCCAUUUUGUACGAGGAUUCCGAUGUCGUACCUCCUCAACUGGAGCCUGAUGGCAACUUUGAAAUGGACGGAAAAACUUUACCCGAGGCCAAUGUGACGUUGAUUGAACCUCAGUUCUCCAACUUGAAAGGACCCGAAUAUAACAAAUGCCAUAUGCAAUUCAUCGUGGACAAUGGCGUGUGGAACGAGUUUGAUCAACAAAAAGCCAAGAUCAAGAGCUACAUCUACCAACAUGUUCGUACUUUGAAUCGUAUCUUCCAAUCGUCUUUCACUCGCAAUGGUCGUCCCGCAGUGGAGUUCGUGGCCUCCGACAUUCGUUUUGCUUACAACAUAUAUUGCGAACGGAACCAUAAUGUGUACUGCAAGAAGUGGUUCGACUCGUACAAUGGUUUCCUCAACGAGCACUCUGAUUUGAGUUUCAAUUACUUCGGGAAGCAUUCCUAUUGUUUGUCUUAUUUGGUCACGAAUCGGGAAUUCAAAGGCACUUUGGGAGUAGCCUUUGUCAAUGGAGUGUGCACAGAUAGGUCCAAUACCGGAUUUUUCAUCAUGAACCAGAGAACCGUUACUUCGACCAGCGAGCUGACCUUCGCUCAUGAGGUGGGGCACAACUUGGGUGCCUCACAUGAUACCCAAAGGUCCUGUUUGGGUAGCUCGUAUUUCGGCAACUAUCUCAUGUAUCCUAGCAUCUCCUCAAACCGACAGCCCAAUAACGAUAAGCUCUCGUCAUGCAGCCAAAGAAGCAUCUUGCGAACAUUGGGUCAGUUAUUGGAAGGUCGGCGGAACAAUUGCUUUCAAAAUACGAAACCUAGCCGAGCGAAGAAUACGAUGGUAGGGAACAGUUUGGCAAACAGCUUUCGUCUCUAUUUACUGACUGAAUCAGAUUCGAAUGGCUUUUAUUUUCAGACGCGGGGCCAACAUUCCAGUUCCUUGCGAGAAGCUGACCAAUUCACUUUUGAAGAUGACGAUGCCAUUGUUGUAUUUGCUGAUUCCCCUUCAUGCAGUAUAUGUAUGAAAACAUGGCUUCUUUGGUCGCAUGUACUGUUGCUUGUUCAAUUUACGAUUGCUUAUUAAGAAAUAAAAAUAAUUCAAAUAUAGCAAUUGCAGACGAGGACGUUCAAUCGAUCGAAAUAAGAAUUGCCUCUCUCGAAAUGCGUUCCUUUUUGUAUUCAAUUUAAAUAAAAUACUAGAGCAUAAUUGAAGAGUGCUUUCCAAAUUAGAACUCAGUAAAGAGAUUAGGAUUUCAUAUACGUAAUUCAAGAUGAAAAAAAAAA